UGUUGCCAAUAGAGACAGUCUCAGUUCACCUCCAGCCUCUCCAUUCAUAAACAAAUCGCUCCAACUUGGGUCUUCUGAGCUGCUACCUAACAACAACAAGCAGAACCUGAUCUGGGUUUUGAAGUUUCUACCUCUAUCUCUUCUUUCAUUCUCUUGAAACUUGCCUGCUCGCCGCCCCCUCCCUCCUCUCUCUGCUCACUCAGCUUCAGCAGGGCCGCACCGCUGACACACUGCUCUGUGUGAGGCUGUGAGGGCAGGAGUGUGUGUCUGCAUGUCUCCAUUGGGAACAGUUUUUCUAAAGUUACAUCGCUCUUUCUGAGUGCCGGGCAAGCUUUUUUCGCGAGAGAGGGGAGAGACCCCCAUGGUGCUGUGAUUUGACUAAACAAACAGCCCCGGCUCGCUGCGGUACCUCCUCCCAACGGACUCCUGGGACAGCAGAGAUUAACCUCAGACUCUGAACAUCUGAGGGAUCUGUACAUUUGAAGCAGCAGCCCCUGUAGAGACAACUGGCUGCAAAUCUCUGCUCUGAUUUCUCCUCCGCUGGUCGGCAACAUUCCUGGGCAGAGAGGUUCCACUCGUCCGUGCCUCCAGGAUCAUUUUGAAGAACAAACUGGACUGAAGGCAUCCAACAUGAGGAGGGUGACAGCGUCGGUGCUCCACCUGGCAGUUACAUUUACAGCUUUGCUGUAUCUUUGCACUAAUGUGCACUGUCUGGAGAUCGUACCGGAUGUGAAAGAGCUCAUCCUGACUGAAGGCUCCUCCCUCACCCUGAACUGCUCCGGCUCCAAGGACACUACCUGGGACUUUAAGAGGGAGGACGUGCCCUACAUUCAAGUUGACCCUUUCCAAAAUGAUCAUAAAAGCUACGAAAUUGUGCAAAGCGGAGCCACUUCCAGUGUUCUGAUCUUGAGGAGCGUGGGCUGGAAGCACACCGGUGUGUACCAGUGUGUUGAUCGACUCACUGGAGAGACUAAGGAGGUGGCUGUGUUUGUCCCAGAUCCUGAAGUGUGGUUCGUGGAGAGCGCCCAUGGCAUGGUUACCAAGACCAGUGACGAAAGUACCGUCCCCUGUGUGGUCACUAACCCAAACAUCAGCGUCACCUUGUACGAGAGGGACACUGAAACACCUAUCAAAGGGCAGUAUGUUCCUAGUGAGGGUUACAAGGCACCGCUGGAGGACAGGACGUACUUUUGUGAAGGGGAGCUGAAUGGGAAGUUGAAACAGUCGCAGGUCUUCUACGUCUUCAGCAUCGUUGUCCCAGAGACCAUCGACGCCUAUGUCAAUGCCUCAAAGACAGUCCUGAAGCAGGGCGAGCCUCUGACUGUAAACUGCACGGUGCACGGAGUUCAGCUGGUGUUUUUUACUUGGGAUAUCCCCAAUGGAGCGCCUCAAGCAGUUGAGCCGCUGACUGAUGUCCUGUCUGCCACGAGCAUUCGCUCCUCCAUGAUCUACCCGCAGACCCAGGUGGCCCAAAGUGGAAACUACAUCUGCCAUGUCCAUGAAGGGGUCCAAGACCAGAUGUCCUAUGCCAGCGUCAACAUCACUGUGCUCGAACGAGGUUUUGUGCAUACAAACCCUGCUCAGCAUCAAAACAUUUCAGCUAAGCUGCAAGAGAACGUGGAGCUGAGAGUGGAGAUGGAGGCCUACCCUCCUCCUCAGAUCCGCUGGACCAAAGAUGGCGUCACCAUCAAGGGAGACAAAAGCAGCACCAUCCGACAAGAGCAUGAAAUAAGGUAUGUCACCAUCCUGACCUUGGUGAGGGUGAGAGUGGAGCAGAAGGGCCUCUACACAGUCAUCAUUACCAACGAAGAUGUCACAAAGCAUUUGAUCUUUAACCUGGAAGUACAAGUUCCCUCACAGGUCAAAGACCUGAUUGACCACCACAUCCCGGGGAAGAGGCACCUGGUGACCUGCACGGCUGAGGGCGUCCCGCCCCCGACCAUCCAAUGGUACAGCUGCGACAGCAUGCUCAAGUGCAACAACCAGAGCGCCGUGUGGCAUCCGCUGACACCACAGCCGGAGGAGCUGAGCAUCCAGACCAACGUGAGCUACAGCGAGGAGCGUAAAAUCAGCCGGGUGCGGAGUCAACUGACCUUCCUGAAGCCUCAGCAGGUCACCGUUCGCUGUGAGACCACCAACAAAGCAGGACUGAUCGACCGGAGAGAUGUCAAACUGGUGUCCAGCACCCUGUUCACUCAGGUGGAAGUCCUGGCUGCUGUUCUGGCCUUGGUAGUCAUUGUUAUCUUGUCCAUCAUCAUCCUCAUUGCUGUGUGGAGAAAGAAACCCCGCUAUGAGAUCAGAUGGAAGGUGAUAGAGUCGGUGAGCCAGGACGGGCAUGAGUACAUCUAUGUGGACCCCAUCCACCUCCCCUAUGACCUGGCCUGGGAAAUGCCCCGAGACAACCUGGCUUUGGGUCGCACUCUUGGAUCGGGAGCAUUUGGCCGGGUGGUCGAGGCAACUGCGUACGGUCUCACGCAUUCCCAGUCCAGCACAAAAGUGGCAGUGAAAAUGUUGAAAUCGACGGCCAGGAGGAGCGAGACUCAGGCGCUGAUGUCAGAGCUGAAGAUCAUGAGCCACCUCGGCCCUCACCUCAACAUCGUCAACUUGCUCGGAGCUUGCACCAAAAACGGUCCUCUUUACCUGGUGACUGAAUACUGUCGCUAUGGUGACCUGGUGGAUUACCUGCACAGGAACAAGCACACCUUCCUGCAGAACUACGCUGAGAAGAACCAAGACAGCGGCUGCCUCGUUUCAGGAGGAAGCACCCCUCUCAGUCAGAGAAAAGGAUAUGUUUCCUUUGGAAGUGAGAGUGACGGAGGAUACAUGGACAUGAGCAAAGAUGAGCCUUCAGUCUACGUUCCCAUGCAGGAACAGAUAGACACCAUCAAAUAUGCAGACAUCCAGCCAUCUCCGUAUGAGUCCCCCUACCAGCAGGACCUCUACCAGGAGCAAGGUGGCAGCAGGCUGGACUUGGUGAUCUGUGACUCUCCUUAUCUCACCUAUGACGACCUGCUGGGCUUCAGCUACCAGGUGGCCAAGGGGAUGGAGUUCCUCGCCUCCAAGAAUUGCGUUCACCGUGACCUGGCCGCGAGGAACGUGUUGAUCUGUGAAGGCAAGCUGGUGAAGAUUUGUGACUUCGGCCUGGCCAGAGACAUCAUGCAUGAUUCAAACUAUAUCUCAAAAGGCAGCACCUUCCUGCCCCUGAAGUGGAUGGCACCAGAGAGUAUUUUCCAUAAUUUGUACACCACCCUGAGCGAUGUGUGGUCAUACGGGAUUCUGCUUUGGGAAAUUUUCACGCUGGGAGGAACCCCCUACCCGGAUUUGCCCAUGAAUGAAGUCUUCUACAGCGCUUUGAAAAGAGGCUACCGGAUGGCCAAACCUGCCCACGCCUCGGACGAAAUUUAUGACAUCAUGAAGAAGUGUUGGGAUGAGAAGUUCGAGAAGAGGCCUGAGUUCUCCCACCUGGUUCACAGUGUGGGGAAUAUGCUAACGGACAGCUACAAGAAGACGUACAGCCAAGUGAGCGAGAACUUCCUGAAGAGCGACCACCCGGCGGUGGCCCGCACCAAACCCCGGCUGAGCUCGCCCUUUCCCAUCGCCAACCCGGCCUUCGGCUCCCCGUCUCCCGUCAGCGGCUCCUCCCCACCACCCGGACCCCACUACCAGAGCCAGAGGCCCGCAGACCUCAGGCAGGAGGCCGGCGCGCAGGAAGUCCUGACUUCAUACAACGAGUACAUCAUUCCCAUCCCAGACCCGAAGCCAGAGGACGUUUUCUCUGGCGGGAUGUCGGAGAGCCCUGGAAGCUCUCUGGCUCUGGAGGAGGAGACUGAUUCCAUGUCCCAGGACACGGCCGACACCCUUCCAGAAGAGGACCGGCUGGAGGAGAGCAGCGAGAGGGACGCUCUGCUGGGGCGGUCGGGGACGCCCGAGGUAGAGGACAGCUUCCUGUAGCCCCCCCGUAGGACUCCUGAGAAAAUGCGACACCUUUUUCUCAGGAUGAGACAAGGAACACGACGAGACUGAAAUGUAGCAAAACUGAGACUGAGAAGGCCAUCUCUGUAUGAUCGCGUAGCACUCAAAAAGACACGCCUCCUUUGAGUUUUUGUUAACUGCAGACAAAUACAGAUAAUGAAUUUUCUCUGACACUUUUGGGAGCUUGCAAGAGUAUAAAUACGGUACUAUCCUUACAUUCCUAUACAAUCAGUCAACCUAAGUAGUGGACUGUGUUCUUUAUCUCCCAUGUUAGCCAGCUAUGAGACUUUAUGAGAUGCAGCAUCUCUUCUAUGAUAUGAAUAAUAAUAAAAAAUAGCGUACGUAACCACGGGCGUUGUUGCUGUUGUGACAAGCAGGUUGGAUUUGUCGAAAAGCGGGUGAUUUUUCUUAAAUGUCUUACCAGUAACACAACCAAUAAAGACAAAUUGUAAAACUAUUUCCACAACAGAUAAACAGUUCUGUCCAAACAAGAACAUUUUAUUUGUGUAUUCAUGACUGUCAUUAACAUGAUUGAAACCAUGACCCCACGUGGACGGUUAGGUAUUCAGUCAAAACAUCAUGUUCUGUUUUUUGCUUACCUUGGGUACUUUUAAUAGGAUUAUUUACUGUGAUUUACACUAGGUAGGUGUACUUCAUCAAGUUGUCAGUUAAAUGUAAUUUCUUGGACCUGAAAUGCAGAAAGUUUCCACAUGCACUGUUUUAAAGCGAUGUGAGCUGCCCUUGCAGUUUAUUGUGCCUCUGAUAUUUUUGAUUUGUGAAUCUUUUUCAUAGCAUCUUGACUUUUGUUUUUUCUUCUGUCAGUCUUAAAUCAUAGUUCUGUGCCAGAUGCACUUUAUUUAGGGAAAAUGUGGAUAUUUGUGUUAAAAAACCAUGAAUUUACACCAUGUGAAAGAUAGAGAACUACAACUUAGAGCCACCCGAGCAUUAAUAUGAGACUGUUAGAGUUUCUGUGAAGACAGGUGAGCCUCAAGCAAAAAUAAUCAAUGCAGCAUAUCACUGCCUUAGCACAAGAUGGCACACAUGAGUGCCUUUCUGAAGACAGGCUUUCGUCAUGCAGCUACUCAUGAAGGGCUACUGUACUUAAGACUGUUGACAGCCAUCUGUGCACAUGUACAAAGUUUUCUUUUAGUCUUCUGUCGCUUGGGAUAACAUUUAUAGUGUUCCAUCCUUCAGUUCUUAGUAGACUCUCUAAAACAGCACAUCUUUUACUUCCUGUAGAGCAUGUAACUCAAUGUAAAAUGCACAAGAUUACUGUCACAAGCUAUGAUACCAAAGCUCUUCUUAACGUUUACAAAUGUAUUUUUAUAUGUGUCAUUUUAUAUCCUGUAAAUGUUGUCAAUAAAUGUGCAUUAUC